AUGUCUGUUUCAAAUCAGAAGAAGACCCCAGAGCCAUCCAUUAACCCUCCCAAGAAUUCACUGGCCAUUCAUUCAUCUGACGAAGGCUUUGUCAGGGCCCCAGUCCUGACUGCCAUCGGUCUUGAGGAAGCAGGAGGAAGAGACAUGAGGCCCACGGGAAAGCUAGAAGAUGGGACGGAGUUUGACAGCAGCCUACCACAGAACCAGCCCUUUGUUUUCUCCUUUGGCACUGGCCAGGUCAUCAAGGGCUGGGACCAGGGGCUACUGGGGAUGUGUGAAGGGGAAAAGCAGAAGCUAAUGAUGCCGUCUGAGCUGGGGUAUGGAAAGCGGGGAGCCCCCCCAAAGAUACCGGGUGGAGCAACCCUGGUGUUUGAGGUGGAGGUGCUCAAGAUUGAGAGACGUUCAGAACUGUAGCAGGCUGCAGAGGGGUAGGAGGCCCCUGUCAGGGACCAGACUGUUUAAAAACAAACAAAAAAACCUUUAAAAAC